AUGUCCAACGAAGUCGGUGGGCGGCUUUCGAGCCGCGUGUUGAACAUGAAGUUUAUGAAGCAGGCGGAGAGCACCGAGGAGCUUGCGAAAGAGGAAGAAGAGACUCGCAGUCUGAUAGAUUCCAGCGAGUGGAAACUGUCGGACCGGCGCAAAAUCGCGUCCCGACUAGCGCCCAAGAUCAGAAACGUGGGCUAUGCGGGUGUCAUGGCAAAGAACGACCAAGGCGGUUUCGUCGGACGCAGGAAGUUUGGAGAAGCGAAGGACGCUGACGACGUCAAAACGACGACACCGAAGCGCAGCGCAGACCAAGACCUGGACAAACUGUGGGAAUCCCACCGGGAAUCCCACCGGGACCAGAACAAGAACAAGAAGCACGUCCGGAGUGACAGCGCGGAAAACGACGCCCAACCCGAACCUGACAGCUCACACGAGACACCCGCAAAGCGAUUUAGGAAGACGUAG